AUGCAUCUAGAAAAGUACAGGGAAAUCAUACAUGCUUGUUGCUUGGAAAAAGAUCUAGAAAUGAUGGAGUUCGGCGACAAGACCGAAAUCGGAGAGCGUGGGAUCAACCUUAGUGGUGGCCAGAAACAGCGCAUCCAGCUAGCUAGAGCAGUUUAUCAAGAUUGUGAUAUAUAUCUUCUUGACGACAUAUUCAGUGCAGUCGAUGCUCAUACUGGCUCAGCUAUCUUCAAGGAAUGUCUCAAGGGCAUACUGAAGAGCAAGACUGUCUUGCUUGUUACUCACCAAGUGGAUUUGUUGCAAAAUGUGGAUACUGUAUUUGUAGUGAUGAAAAAUGGUGGGAUUAUUCAGUCAGGGAAUUACGGCGAUUUACUAGAUUCCUCUUCAGAUUUUUUGGCUCUUGUUGCUGCUCACCACAGUUCUAUGGAAGCAUCUGGGGUGGAAGGUCACAAUGUUCAGAACACUGAGAAUUGCCCAGCCACCACAGUAUCACAAGAGCCCUCUUCUCUUAACUCCAACUCCAGUAAUGAAAACAGCCAUACAAAUGCCGUUGUGCCGAGCAAAGAAGCAGGUUCGUCGAAGCUGAUCCAGGAAGAGGAGAAGGAGAGUGGACGAGUAAGCUGGCAUGUGUACAAGCUAUAUGUCACGCAAGCUUGGGGCUGGUGGGGAGUUCUGCUCAUUCUAGCAUUGUCUGUGCUGUCAGAGGGCUCCACAAUGGCCAGUAACUACUGGAUGUCAUAUGAAACAUCGGGGGGCACCAUAUUUGAUAUCUCAAAGUUUCUUGGUGUCUAUGUUUCGAUAGUCGCUGUUUCAAUUGUGUUUGAAUUUAUCGCCGUUCUUUUCCAAGCAUUUUUGGGGCUUAAGUCAGCCCAGGCCUUUUUCAGCAAGAUGUUAGACAGCAUUCUGCGAGCUCCGAUGUCAUUUUUCGACACCACUCCUUCAGGAAGGAUCCUAAGCCGGGCAUCAGAGGACCAGACUAAAAUAGACGUUUACCUUUUAUUCUAUACGGGUGCCGGCAUAUCGAUGUGCAUUUCGGUGGCUAGUAGCAUUGCAGUUACCUGUCAAGUAGCAUGGCCAUCAGUCAUAGCAGUGCUUCCUCUACUGCUUCUGAACAUUUGGUACCGGAAUCGUUAUAUUGCAACAUCCCGAGAGCUAACUCGCCUUCAAGGAGUAACAAAGGCACCGGUUAUUGAUCACCUCACGGAGUCCUUUUCGGGCUCUCCAAUUAUAAGGUGCUUCGGGAAAGAGGAUGAAUUUUGCCAAAAAAGCUUGGACAUGAUUGAUUCGAAUUUGCGCAUGUCUUUCCAUAAUUAUGCAGCAAAUAGGUGGUUUGGGUUUCGCCUGGAGCUAAUUGGCACACUUGUGUUGUCUAUAACUGCUUUUCUCAUGAUCACUUUGCCUACCAAUUUCAUCAAGAAAGAAUUUGUCGGCAUGUCUCUGUCCUAUGGUCUUUCUCUCAACUCCUUGGUGUACCAUGCAAUUUCUGUAAGCUGCAUGAUAGAAAAUGAUAUGGUCUCUGUGGAGAGGGUGAAUCAGUACAGUAGCCUUCCUUCUGAGGCAGCAGGGACAUUGGCAGAUUGUCUGCGUCCGACGCCAAAUUGGCUCCAACGGGGAGACAUUGACAUAAAGGAUCUAGAGGUCAGAUAUAGACCAAACACACCUCUAAUCUUGAAAGGCAUUACGAUAAGCAUCCGCAGUGGAGAAAAGAUUGGCGUUGUGGGAAGGACCGGCAGUGGCAAGUCAACUUUGAUCCAGGCGUUAUUCAGGCUUGUGGAGCCAGCAAAAGGUCGGAUCAUCAUCGACGGAGUUGACAUUUGCACUCUGGGCCUUCAUGACCUGAGGUCUCGCUUCGGUGUGAUUCCUCAGGAGCCUGCACUGUUUGAAGGAACCGUGAGAAGCAACAUUGACCCAAUUGGGCAGUACUCCGAGGCUGAGAUAUGGCAGGCCCUUGAGCGUUGCCAGCUGAAAGACACAGUAGCUGCGAAACCUGAGAAGCUUGAUGCACAAGUUGCGGACAUGGGUGAGAACUGGAGCGUGGGGCAACGCCAGCUCCUAUGCUUGAGCCGUGUCAUACUGAAGCGCAGCCGGGUGCUGUUCAUGGACGAGGCCACCGCUUCUGUUGACUCUCAGACGGAUGCAGUCAUCCAGAGGAUCAUCCGGGAGGAGUUCCGUGAGUGCACUGUCAUCAGCAUUGCUCACCGUGUCCCGACCGUCAUAGACAGCGACAGAGUUCUGGUGCUGGAUGCAGGGUUAGUGAAAGAGUUUGAUGCUCCAUCCAAGCUGAUGGGAAGGCCUUCAAUUUUCGGGGCGAUGGUUCAGGAGUACUCAAGCCGCUCGUCGCAGGCAACCGAUGGAUGA